AUGUCAAUGAUAAUUGCUCAAACUCCUAAAACAUACUUUGGUUCUGACAUUCAAAAAUCAUUAGGUUCUCUUCCCGGAUUUCCUUGGGCAAAAUACCCUGGAGAAAAACAUCUCCCCGGUGAUUAUUAUACUGGUCCAGGUACAAGGUUAGAUCUGCGAUUAGACCAAAAUGUUAAACCAAAACCAGGUGAAGAACCCGUCAAUAGAGUUGAUGCCUCUGCACCUAAACAUGUCUCAGACUGGAUACCCGAUGUUGGCGAUGGGCGUGUUUUAAUAGAACCGGUAAGAAAUGUUCCAAAUGAUGCAGUUGAAGCUAGAAUGAGAGCUAUUGCUCGAAACACAAUAGAAAGAGUAGAACGAGCUGGUAAUCACGGAUUUGAAAAACGAGUACUUCAGUACAAUAAUGUUGUUGAAAAUAAUAGGUGGGGUAAUUACGUAAAUUGGAAGUUAUAUCCUUUAUUCGGUCUGUUGGAACACAGAAAAGUUUCCGUAGGAUUACCAUAUAAAAUGCAUCUACAAAGAUCAUGA